UUAUUUGAUCAUCAAAAUGGAUGAUCCCAGAUUCGAAUGGGUUGGUAAACAAGUGGCUUUGGCGCUUGACAUAAAAGAGCCCGAAGUUUUCGAAGAAUUGUUAGAAAGAGACGAUGGCGUUUUUGAAAGAGGGUUAGGAAAAUUUCUCAAUGACACACCCGAGGAAAACGAAUCUUCUAUUUUAUUUUAUAAAAUAAUCAAAGAAGAAGAAGAGGAAGUAGAAGUAGAAUGUGAACCAGAAAUCCCAGAUAUAGAGGAAGAGGAGGAACCUACAGAACAACCUGAGGAACCAAAAGACCCAGAAGAAGGAGAGCCAUUAGCAGAACAGCCCCUGACUGUUUCAAGUCCUGCAGAAGAAGAAGAAACGUCUAGAAAAGGCCACAGUAGAAAAGGCAGACGAAAGAAGCGAGCCAAAAGUGAGGCUACAGAUAAGGAUGGGGCUGAAGAUACUGCAAAAACCCCUCAGGAUGGAGAGGGAGGCAAAUCAGAGGUGGGCGAUCAAGGGGAAACAGCGGAAGGAGAGGGAGCUGAGGAAGAAAACCCAGAGAACAAACAGCCAAAAACUAAAAUAAUAAUUCAGAAAGUAAUGAGGACCUACCUGUACAUGUGUUACCAACAUCUUCCCGAGGAGGUGGCCGAUACAAAGUGUGUAUAUUUCUUGAGAAACACUCCAGGGAUGGUUCCCCUCCCUAACAGUUCUGAAGAAGCCAAUGCAGAACUUCCAGGAUACUUUGAGAUGGGUAUUCUCAAUGGCCAUUCCCUUGUUAUGCUUGAACAAAUCAUUUCUCAGGUGUACAUGCCUCUAUUGUCAUACAACCAACAUCGAAAUGGGGAUCGGAAACAAGAGGCUAGAGCUGUAAGUCGUGCAGAUACCAAGGCAACAGAAGCUUCCAUGGUAACAGAGGAUAGUAGUGAAAAAGAGGAGCCCAAGAUUAAUAUAGCUGAAUCUAGAGCUAAAGCCAUGUUGAGAGAUGAAUUUCUUAUAAACAUGCAGAAGUUUGCCUCUGGAAUUAACAGGACCAUUCAGCAGAUUGAGGGAGAAGUUAGAUUGGAAAUUCCAGACAUUGAGCUUGGUGACCUUAAAAUGGAAGAAAUUUUGGCAGAUAAUGAUUUAAUGUCCAUUAUAAGAAACUCAUGUUGUGAGUGGGCAAAACAAGUGAGAGGUGCACUGGAUGCAGAACUCAAGAAAAUGCCACAAGGGAAAGGGCCUCUGGCAGAAAUUGAUUUUUGGAGAGAAAGAAAUGCUUCUCUAAGUGCUUUAACCGAGCAGUUAAAACUCCCUAUUGUUGAUCGCAUGAUUGAAAUUUAUAACCAAGUAGAGAUGGACUUCAGUGAUUUGAAGCCAGAGUUAAAUAAGUACUAUGUUGAAGCUAAGGACAAUGUGAGAUUUUUGUCGACUCUCGAAAGGCAUUUCAAAAAUAUUACUCAUGGAGCUACAUUCCAAGUAGUAAUUGAGACCAUUCCUUCAAUGAUGAAUGCUCUACGUAUGGUCUGGAUCAUAUCUAGGCAUUAUAACAAGGAUGAAAGAAUGGUGCCUCUCAUGAGCAGAAUUGCCUGGGAGUUGGCAGAGAGAGUCUGUAAAGUUAUCAACAUAAGGACAAUAUAUGGAGGUGAAGGUCCAGUGACAAAUACUGAGGAGGUGAAAGUCAAAACUUCUGAGGCCAAAAGGAUGCUGGAGGUGUGGAAAGAGCAGUAUUUUGAGGUCCGUGCUAAAAUUGAGGCUUCUGGGCGGGACCAGAGGUGGGAAUUUGAUAGGAAGAAGCUCUUUGAAAGAACAGAUCACAUGGCUGUUAUCUGUCAGAACUUGUAUGAUGUUGCCCAGGUGCUUGAGGAAUUUUACAAUAUUUUUGGACCUGAGCUUAAAGCUGUCACAGGUGACCCUAAACGAAUUGAAGAAGUCUUACUCAGAGUGGACAACCUAGUCAAACCCCUGCAGGAAGUGGGAUUUGAUCCAUUUGAGAUUCAGCACAAAAACUCAUGGAAAAGUCAGAUGGAACAUUUCUACAAACAAGUGGAGUCCAUAGAAGGAGAAGCAAAGAUGUUUAUUGACGAGUCUUUUCAGUCUUUGCGCUCUGCUGAGGGUGCUUUUGAUAUGUUGCUUAACUUCAAACACAUCAGAUCCAGGAAAGCUAUCAAUGACCAGAUGAUGCAGAAAUUCAAAGACAUUUUGGUGCAAUAUGAGAAAGAAGUGACGACAAUGGAUGAGCUGUUUCAGGCUCAAAAGGACAAUCCUCCUCUUCACAAAAAUCACCCCCCAGUGGCAGGAGCUAUAUUCUGGGAAAGAUCCUUAUUUCAUCGCAUUAAGCACACCAUUGUUCGUUUUCUCACUAUGGAGGAUAUGAUGCAGAGUGAAAUGGGAAAACAUGCACGGGCAAAAUACCUAAGUGUAGCAAGGCAGAUGAAGUUCUACGAAGAUCAAAAAUAUGAAGAAUGGAGACAGAAUGUAGAGCAGCACUUGCCAUCUCUGCUGAAGAGAAAUCUUCUGAUAAAGCCCCAUCAUGCAGCAGAGGAAAUGAGAGUAGCUGCCCAGAAAGCAGCUGAUGAAGCAGGAGUUCAACUGAAAUUCUUAGUAGACUUUGAUCCACAGCUGACAGAAAUUAUAUCUGAGACCAGAUACAUGGAACAACUGGGAUUUUCGGUUCCUGAAUUAGCCAGAAAUGUAGCUUUACAGGAAGAAAAGUACAUUAAUUAUGUUGAGGGUCUACGCUUCAUGCUGAGUAGGUAUCAUGCAUUGCUGUCCUCUUUGGAUCAAGCAGAGACAAGUUUGUUGGAGGAUCACAUGAGAGACCUUCGUCGGGUGAUUAGACCAGGGUCCAAACGAUUGAACUGGAACUCCUUGGGUAUCAAUGACUUUGUUCUCAAGUGUAGAAAUGCUAUUGGAAAAUUUGAAUCUCUUGUCAACCAAAUACAAAAGAAUGCAAAAGAUAUUAACCAGAGACUGCAGAUGAUUGAGAACUCAAAUCUAUUUAAACCACAACCUCAGAAAUAUCCAGACACUCUGCCAAGCUGUAAGGAGUAUUUUGAACAUGUGGAAAAAGAAAGAGCCAAAGAUUUUGAGAUUCUAGCCAGAAAAUAUCGAGCUAUAGGACCAUUACUGACAAAAAUGGAAGGACUUGUUGUGCACACAAACUCUGGAAGAUCUCCCAAGUUACAUGCAUAUUACUCUUACUGGGAGAAGAAAGUGUAUGAUGCUCUAACCAAGUUAAUUAUGAACAAUUUACGCAGAUUUGAAUUGGCUCUGCGGACAGACAAACCUUUAUAUCAGGUGGAGACUCUUUUAGCAGCUCCUGAUGUGGUGCUUCACCCCCAAGCCAAUGAAGUGUACAAGUUGACUCUUCAGUGUGUGAGAGAUAGUGUGGAAGGAACUAAGUUAUUUGUGAGAUGGAUGCAAGGAACCUGUAUUGAGACUCCACCCCAGAAGGUAGAAGGAGAUGAUGAACCUUACAUUUUCUGUUUUUUCACGGAUAUUUCUGCUAAUCCAGAAGUCAUAGACUAUGUCCAAACCAUUCAGACUGAUAUCAAAAAUACUCUUACCAACAUGACAAGGUACCUCAACAGAUGGAAGAAAUAUAGGAGUAUUUGGAAAGUUGACAAGCAAGCCAUUGCUGAAAAGUGGUACCAAAAGGGCCCUACAGUUGUGGCAUUUGAUGACAAGCUACAGUAUUAUUACAAAACCAUAGAUGAAGUUGAAACUCUUCCACUGGUAAAAGACCAGGACUGUAUUCGUCUCCAUAUGGGACCACUGGCUUCCUCUGUGAAAGAGCAUGCCAAGCAAUGGAUUGGACAUCUUGGAAAGAUCUUAAGGGACUCAGCUAAAGAAGCUCUAUACAAACUCAGGGAUGAAUUGGAUGACAAGUCAGAUGAUUUAGAACAAACACCCAGCUCUCUAGAGGAUCUCAAAUUUGUCCUGACAACAAUAUCAGAUAUCAAGUCUAUAUCCCUGGAUGUAGAAACUAGAAUCCGAGAUAUCAGGGAGCGCUACAGAACUCUUGCCAUGUAUGAUAUUGAGGUCACUGAUGAGGAAAAAGAGAUUCAAGAGAAACUGCCUCAGAUCUGGGAUGAUUUGGUAUUGAAGUCAAAGAACACAGAUGCUGGUCUUACUCUUGUCAAAACUAAAUUUACAGAGAUCACCCAAGAUCAAAUUCAAAACUUCAAGAAAGAACUGGAGAAAUUUUCAGAAAAGUUUUAUGAUAAUGGACCUGGGUCUGUUGGUACAGAUUUAGAAAAAGGUCUGGAAUUGAUGAAGACUUUCCGUGUUGAGGUUAAUGAUUUAGAGGCCUCCAGACAAGAAUUAGCCAAUGCUGAGAAGCUAUUUGAUUUGCCCAUUACAAUGUAUCCAAACCUCCUAGAAGUUCAGAAACAGAUGAAGGGACUAGAAAUGAUCUAUGGCCUGUAUGAAGAACAGAAGGCUGCCAGAGAACAAUGGGCAGAAACACUUUGGUCCAACUUGAACGUACAAGUCCUCCAAGAUGGCAUUGAAGGCUUUCUGAAGAGUCUUCGUAAGAUGCCAAAAGAAGUAAGAUCCAUGCAGGCUGCCCGAGCCCUCGAGUCCAAGAUGAAAGAAUUCAGAGAUUCUUUACCACUGUUUGUGGACUUGAAACAUGAUGCUCUUCGAGAACGCCAUUGGAAAGAGCUCAUGAAUAAAACAGGGCAGAAGUUUGACAUCAAUCCUGAAACAUUUACUCUGGCAAAUGUAUUUGCCAUGGAGUUACAUAGAUUCCAAGAAACUAUUGGAGAGAUUGUCACGAUGGCCAGCAAAGAAAUGGGUAUUGAAAAGGGAGUCAAAGAAAUUGAAGAGCAGUGGAGCAACAUGAAGUUCACAGUCCAUGCCUACAUGAAGGGCACUUCAAACAGGGGCUGGAUUCUUGGGGCAGUGGACGAGAUUCUUCAGAUUCUUGAUGAUAGUUCUAUGAACUUACAAAGCAUGUCAGCAUCUAGAUUCAUUGGACCUUUCUUGAAUUCUGUACAGAACUGGGAAAAGAGUCUAUCCCACAUCUCAGAAGUCCUUGAUGUGUGGAUGGUGGUGCAGAGGAAGUGGAUGUACUUGGAGGGAAUCUUCAUUGGAGGAGACAUCAGAUCACAGCUGCCAGAGGAGGCCAAGAAGUUUGAUCAGAUUGACAAAAUGUUCAAAAAGAUCAUGAAUGAUGUCCAUAAAAAUCCAGUCAUCAAAAGUUGUUGCCAUGCUCCAAAUCGUCUACAAGACCUGGAAGCCUUAAGUUUGGGGCUAGAGAGAUGCCAGAAAUCACUUAAUGACUAUCUGGAUUCCAAACGUAAUGCUUUCCCAAGAUUCUUCUUCAUUUCUGAUGAUGAGUUACUCAGCAUUCUAGGUAGCAGUGAUCCAUCCUGUGUACAGGAGCAUAUGAUCAAGAUGUAUGAUAAUAUUUCUGCCCUGAGAUUCCAACAGGGUCCCAAUGGUGAAACCUUAGCCUCAGCCAUGAUCUCAGCAGAAGGGGAAGUUAUGGAAUUCCGUGAUCAUAUCCCAGCCGAGGGGCGAGUGGAAGACUGGAUGACAAGUGUGCUAGAAGAAAUGAGACGUACCAACAGACUCAUUACGAAAGAGGCCAUAUUUUAUUAUUGUGCAGAUGGCAAGACAAGAGUUGACUGGAUGAUGGGAUACCAAGGUAUGGUCUGUUUGGCUGGUAACCAAGUGUGGUGGACUUGGGAAGUGGAAGAUGUAUUUCGAAAGGUUAAAAAAGGUGUGAAGACAGCCUUAAAGGACUACGCCAAGAAACAACACAAACAGAUUGGAGAUCUAGUAGUGACUGUCCGAUCCCCUCUCUCUUCUAAUGACAGAAAGAAGUUUAACUCUGUCCUUAUUAUUGAUGUACAUGCAAGGGAUAUUAUUGAUGGAUUUGUCAGAGACAGUAUAAUGGAUGCCAAAGAGUUUGAGUGGGAGAGUCAGUUGAGGUUCUACUGGGAGAAAGAGCCAGAUGAGUUAGUGGUCAGACAGUGCACUGGAGAGUUUGGUUAUGGCUAUGAGUACAUGGGUCUUAAUGGUCGCCUGGUCAUUACCCCACUGACAGACAGAAUCUACCUCACACUUACACAGGCUCUGUCAAUGAAUUUGGGUGGAGCUCCUGCAGGUCCUGCUGGUACAGGAAAGACAGAAACCACCAAGGAUCUGGCCAAGGCUCUAGGACUGCUCUGUGUUGUCACAAACUGUGGAGAGGGUAUGGACUUCAAGGCUGUUGGUAAGAUCUACUCAGGAUUGUGUCAGUGUGGUGCCUGGGGAUGCUUUGAUGAGUUCAACCGUAUUGACGUAUCUGUUCUUUCUGUCAUUUCCACUCAGUUGAAAACCAUUCAGAAUGCCCUUAUUCUCAAGUUAAAAAGAUUCCAUUUUGAAGGACAGGAGAUCAGUUUGGACUUGAGAGUUGGUAUCUUCAUCACUAUGAACCCUGGUUAUGCGGGUCGUACAGAGUUACCGGAAUCUGUCAAAGCACUCUUCAGACCAGUGGUGGUCAUUGUUCCAGAUCUGCAGCAGAUAUGUGAGAUUAUGUUGUUCUCAGAGGGUUUCCUCACUGCUAAAGUUCUAGCCAAAAAAAUGACUGUGUUGUACAAACUGGCAAAGGAGCAGUUGUCUAAACAGUACCAUUAUGACUUUGGUCUCCGAGCUCUGAAGUCUGUGUUGGUCAUGGCUGGUGAUCUGAAACGUGGCUCUCCAGAUUUACCCGAGGAUGUAGUAUUGAUGAGAGCUUUGAGAGACAUGAACCUGCCUAAGUUUGUUUUUGAGGAUGUUCCUCUAUUCCUGGGACUCAUUGGGGAUUUGUUCCCAGGUCUGGACUGUCCUCGAGUCAGAUACCCCAACUUCAAUGAUGCUGUGGAGGCAGUGCUUCAGGACAAUGGAUACAAAAUGUUGGAUGUGCAGGUUGACAAGGUGGUUCAGUUGUAUGAGACUAUGAUGACACGUCACACCACCAUGAUAGUUGGCCCCACAGGAGGAGGAAAAUCAGUUGUCAUCAACACACUGGCUCAGUCCCAGACAAGAUUGGGAAUUCCAACCAAAUUGUUUGUGAUCAAUCCAAAGGAUCGUUCUGUUAUUGACCUUUAUGGUAUUCUUGACCCAGUGACCCGUGACUGGACAGAUGGACUUCUUUCAAACAUUUUCAGAGACAUUAAUAAACCCACAGACAAGAAUGAAAGGAAAUACAUUGUGUAUGAUGGUGAUGUUGAUGCAUUGUGGGUUGAGAACAUGAACUCAGUAAUGGACGACAACAAACUGUUGACACUGGCUAAUGGUGAAAGAAUUCGUCUUCAGAAACACUGUGCCAUGUUGUUUGAGGUAUUUGACCUUCAGUAUGCCUCCCCUGCUACUGUGUCCAGAUGUGGUAUGGUGUAUGUGGACCCCAAAAACUUGGGGUAUGACCCUUUCUGGUUCAAAUAUGUCAAUUCCAGACAGAACAAACAAGAAAGAGAAGACCUACAGAGACUGUAUGAUAAAUAUGUGGUCUCUUUGGUUGAUAUGGUCAUUGAAGGAAUUCUUGAUGGCAGACAGGGAGACAAAAUGAAGACAAUUGUUCCACUCACAAAUCUUAAUCUGGUAACACAACUUGCUGCCAUGUUGGAUGCCCUUCUCAUUAAGGAGGUAUCUGAGCCAGAGGAGCUGGAAGCCUACUUCUUACAGGCUCUGUACUGGUCUAUUGGAGCUGCUCUCUUGGAGGAUGGCAGAGUCAAAUUCGAUGCUCAGAUUAAGAACUUGGCAGCCAUGACUAUUGCCAGUGAUGAUGAAAAGAAUUUUGCCAAAGCAGGAGAAAUCCCAAGUGCCCAUGCAACUCUGUAUGAAUAUUUCUAUGACGGAGAACUAAAACAAUGGGUGCCAUGGACUAAAAAGGUACCCAAGUAUGUUCACAGCCCAGAGAGGAAAUUCAAUGAGAUUCUAGUGCCCACGGUGGACACUGUGAGAGCCACAUGGUUACUAGAGCUAAUGGUGGGCAUUAAACAUCCAGUGGUUCUGGUUGGAGAGACUGGUACAUCAAAGACUGCCACCACUGCAAACUUCCUAAGGACUCUUAGCACAGAAACACAUAUGCUGCUGAACAUGAACUUCUCCAGCAGAACCUCAUCUUUGGAUGUACAGAGAAAUCUGGAGGCUAAUGUAGAGAAGAGAACCAAAGACACGUAUGGUCCUCCACCUGGAAGACGACUGCUUAUCUUCAUUGAUGACAUGAACAUGCCACAAGUUGACAAGUAUGGAACACAACAACCCAUUGCUUUACUGAAGCUGUUGCUGGAGAAGGGAGGAGUGUAUGACCGUGGGAAAGAUUUGAACUGGAAGAACAUGAAGGACAUCGGCUACAUUGCUGCUAUGGGCAAAGCCGGCGGUGGCCGAAAUGAGACUGACCCACGUUUCAUCUCUCUAUUCUGUGUCUUUAACAUGACUUUCCCCUCAGAUGAAGCCUUGUUCCUCAUAUAUAAUUCCAUCCUUGCCGGACACACUCAACCAUUUCCCAAGGAAAUCCAAGACACUGUGUCCACUCUUACCAAAAUGACAAUGGCCUUAUACAGUGCCAUUGUGAAUGAUCUACCACCAACACCAUCAAAAUUUCACUACAUCUUUAACCUGCGAGAUCUGUCUAGGAUCUAUCAUGGCAUGUGCUUGACCACACCAGAUCGAUUCUCAAAGGUCGAUAACUUUGUCCGAGUGUGGAGAAACGAGUGUUUGAGAGUCAUAGGAGAUAGGCUGAUCAGUGAUUCUGAUAAGGAAAUUGUCAAUGCAAAACUAAAGGAACUGUUGGAGGAGAACUUCAAACCUUACACAGACAAUGCUCUCAGAAAUCCCAUCUUGUAUGGAGACUACAGGACUGCCCUAGAGGAAUCAGAACCCCGCCUCUAUGAGGACAUCCAGGACUAUGAUGCCUGUAAAGCUCUUUUCCAAGAGAUUUUGGAGGAAUACAAUGAGAACCACACUCCUAUGAACUUAGUUUUGUUUGAUGAUGCAUUAGAACAUUUGACCCGCAUUCAUCGUGUGAUCAGGAUGGACCAGGGCCAUGCCUUACUGGUUGGUGUAGGGGGUAGUGGUAAACAGAGUCUGUGUAAGCUUGCCUCUUACGCUGCUGGUUGUGAUGUGUUUGAGAUCACCUUAAGUCGAGGCUAUGGUGAAAGCAGCUUCCGUGAUGACCUUAAGAUUCUCUACAACAAACUUGGAAUGGAAAAUAAAAAAACUGUCUUCCUUUUUACUGACCAACAUGUAGCUGAAGAAGGUUUCUUGGAGUUGAUCAACAACAUGUUGACAUCAGGAAUGGUGCCAGCAUUGUAUGCUGAUGAUGAAAAGGAAUCCAUUAUUGGAACAAUUCGUCAGGAGGCAACAGCAGCAGGUUGUCCUCACAUUCGAGAAAUGAUUUGGCAGUACUUUGUAAACAAGUGUGCUAACAAUCUCCAUAUAGUGCUAGCCAUGUCUCCUGUAGGAGAUGCUCUGAGAACUAGAUGUAGAAACUUUCCAGGUAUGGUGAACAAUGCCAAUAUUGACUGGUUCUUUCCCUGGCCUGAACAAGCCUUGUAUGCUGUGGCUAGCGUUUUCAUCUCACCAGAUAACCAACUGAUCCCUGAUGACAAGCGACAGGAAGUGGUCAGUCAUAUUGUGAUGGUCCACACAGAUGUAGUCAAGAACAGUAAACUCUUCUUACAAAGACUCCGAAGGAACAAUUAUGUCACACCAAAGAAUUACCUAGACUUUAUCAACUCCUACCUUAAACUGCUGGAAGAAAAAGACAAAUACAUUUUAGCCCUUUGUGAACGUCUACAAGGAGGAUUACAGAAGAUUGCAGAAGCCAGUGAACAGCUUGCUGUUCUCAAUGACAGACUGGCGGUACAGAAGGUGGCUGUAGCAGAGAAGAGUGAGGCUUGUGAGAUUAUGUUGGAGGAAAUCUCCACAGGUACAGCUCAGGCCACAGAGAAAAAAUCCCUGGCAGAGUCAAAAGGCAAGGAAAUAGAAGAACAAAAUGUCGUCAUUGCCAAGGAGAAGGCAGAAGCUGAGGAGUCCCUAGCUGAAGCCUUGCCUGCUUUGGAAGCUGCCAGAUUGGCUCUUGAGGAUUUAGACAAGGGAGAUGUUACAGAAAUUAGAUCCUUUGCCAAACCACCACCUGAGGUACAGAGAGUAUGUGAGUGUAUUGUGGUGUUUAAAGGAAUCCGUGAAGUCUCUUGGAAAUCUGCAAAGGCCAUGAUGGCUGAAGCUAAUUUCUUGAAAAGUCUUAUGGAAAUGGAUGUUGACAGCAUCACACAGAGACAAACACAGGCAGUUAAAGGUUUGAUGAGUGACAAGAACUUGAAUUUGACAUUGGAUGCCAUGAAGACUAUCAGUAAGGCUGGGUCUGGAUUGUUAAAGUUUGUGGAAGCAGUCAUGGGUUAUUGUGUUGUGGCUAGAGAAAUCAAACCCAAAAGAGAAAAGGUGGCAAGACUAGAGAAAAACUACCACCAAGCCAAGAGAGAUUUGGACAAGAUUACAAAUGAAAUCAACAAACUGGAAAACGAGUUAAAGGAAUUGGGACUGAAGUAUGAACAGGCCAUGGCAGAAAAACAACAGCUGGAGGAAGAGGCAGCCAUUAUGGAGCGUCGAUUGAUUGCUGCUGACAAGCUAAUUUCUGGUCUGACUUCAGAAAAUAAGAGAUGGCAGUUGGACUUGAACGAGUUGAAACAGAAGCGUGUGAGAUUGUUAGGAGACUGUCUGGUAAGCUCAGCUUUCCUCAGUUAUGUGGGUGCCUUCAGCUGGGAAUUCCGUAAUGAUAUGGUAUACAAGGAUUGGGUGGAAGAUCUUCAAAAAAGGGAUGUCCCACUCAGUGAUCCAUUCAAGCUGGAAGAUCUUCUAACUAAUGAAGUGGAAGUUAGCAAGUGGACAUCAGAGGGACUACCACCAGAUGAGUUGUCUAUACAGAACGGAAUCCUGACAACCAGAGCAAGUCGCUUCCCUAUGUGUAUCGAUCCUCAACAGCAAGCCUUGAGCUGGAUCAAACGCAAAGAAGAACAAAACAAUCUUAAGGUGUGCACUUUCAAUGAUCACGAUUUCCUGAAACAACUGGAAUUAGCAAUCAAGUAUGGUUUUCCAUUCCUAUUCAAAGAUGUAGAUGAAUACAUUGACCCAGUUAUUGAUAAUGUACUGGAAAAGAAUAUCAAAGGAGACAAAGGUAGAGAAUUCAUUUUACUGGGCGACAAAGAGGUGGAUUAUGACCCAAACUUUAGACUAUACUUGAACACCAAACUAGCUAAUCCCAAGUAUUCUCCUAAUGUGUUUGGUAAAUCUAUGGUCAUCAACUACACUGUCACACUCAAGGGUCUUGAAGAUCAGCUUCUCAGUGUCAUUGUGAAGUUUGAAAGACGGGAGUUAGAAGAACAAAGAGAGAGAUUGAUCCAGGAGACCAGUAUGAACAAGAAACUGCUGAAGGACUUAGAGGAUGCCUUACUGCGAGAACUGGCCCAAUCUCAGGGCAACAUGUUGGACAAUUUGGAGCUCAUCCAGACCCUCGAGGAAACCAAGACUAAGGCAACAGAGGUAUCAGAGAAACUGAAAUUGGGAGCUAAGACAGCAGUUGACAUUGACAAACUUCGAGAUGGUUACAGACCUGCAGCUCGUAGAGGAGCCAUUUUGUUCUUCAUUCUGGCAGAUUUGUCUACAAUCAAUACCAUGUACCAAUACAGCUUAGAUGCCUAUCUAGGAGUAUUUGAACUUUCCCUGAAAAAGUCCAUGCCAGAUGCCAUUCUACAGAAGAGACUGAAAAACAUUAUGGACACUCUGACACACAAUAUGUACAACUAUGGAUGUACAGGUAUCUUUGAGAAGCACAAACUGCUGUUCUCUUUUCAAAUCACUAUUAAACUGGAACAGGAUCUGAACCAUGUGCCUCAAGAUGAGUUGGACUUCUUUAUCAAGGGAAACAUUGCCCUAGAGAAGAGCCGCCGUAAAUGUCCACAUUCUUGGUUCCCUGAGGCAGGAUGGGAAGAUGCCAUGAGGCUUAGUGAUCAAUUCCCUGACAAAUUUGGUACCAUCAUUGAUGAUAUUGAAAGACAUGAAAAAGUUUGGAAGAAGUGGUUUGAUUCUGAUACACCUGAGUCCGAUCCUUUUCCCUUGAAGUAUGAAGAGACCUUGACACCUUUCCAAAGACUUAUGUUACUUAGGUGUGUCCGUGUUGACAGAAUAUACCGAUCGGUGGAGGAGUAUGUCACUAAAUGUAUGGGAGAAAAGUAUGUCAACCCUCCCAUCAUAAGCUUUGAGUCCAUCUUUGACCAGAGCACACCAACGUCCCCCAUUGUUUUUAUUUUGAGUCCCGGAUCAGACCCUGCAAGUGAUUUGAUGAAGCUGGCAGAGAGAAUUGACUUUGGUUCAAACAAGCUUAAGUUUCUGUCUAUGGGUCAGGGUCAGGAGAAAGUUGCUCUGCAGUAUUUGGAGACAGCCAUCGCCCGUGGUCAGUGGCUCAUGUUGCAGAACUGUCAUUUACUAGUAAAGUGGCUGCGAGAACUAGAAAAGGAAUUAGAGAAGUUGAACAAACCCCAUCCUGACUUCAGACUUUGGUUAACUACAGAGCCAACAGACAGCUUCCCUAUUGGUAUCUUACAGCGAUCACUCAAGGUUGUCACAGAGCCCCCUAAUGGUCUGAAGUUAAACUUGAGAGGUACCUAUCACAAAAUCUCUGCUAAUGCCCUGGCAGAGUGUCCACACACAGCAUUCCCAUCUCUGGUCUUUGUGCUGGCCUUCUUCCAUGCUGUGGUACAGGAGAGGAGAAAAUAUGGAAAGAUUGGGUGGAACAUAGCUUACGACUUCAAUGAAUCAGACUUUAGGGUGUGUCAACAGAUUCUCAAUACAUACCUGACCAAGGCUUUUGAACAAGGAGAUCCUAAGAUUCCAUGGGCUAGCUUGAAGUAUCUCAUUGGAGAGGUCAUGUAUGGAGGUCGAGCCAUUGAUGACUUUGAUAGAAGGGUACUGAAGACUUACAUGGAUGAGUAUAUGGGUGACUUUAUCUUUGACACCUUCCAACCAUUCCACUUCUACCACAAUGAUGAGGUAGACUACAAGAUUCCAGAGGAUGGACCCAGAGAUAAUUACACAGAUUACAUUGAAUCCUUACCACACGCUAACACUCCUGAGGUAUUUGGGCUGCACCCAAAUGCUGAAAUUGGUUAUUACACUGCUGCAGCUAGAGACAUGUGGGGCCACUUAGUGGAGCUACAGCCUCAGACAGGUGAAUCUGGGUCAGGAAUCAGUCGGGAAGACUUCAUUGGAAAGAUUGCCAAGGAUGUCCUGGCCAAAUUGCCCCCUGAAUAUGAGAUGGACAAGAUCAAGAAGAAGUAUGGAGUUGACAUAUCCCCCACCACUGUGGUGUUGUUGCAGGAGCUGGAGAGGUUUAACAAUCUCAUCAUCAGGAUGAGGAGGUCACUUCAGACAUUACAGAAGGCUUUAGCUGGAGAAGUGGGUAUGAGCAGUGAGUUAGAUGAGGUGUCUCGGGCCUUGUUUAAUGGUCAGAUCCCUGCCAUCUGGAGGAGACUAGCCCCAGCCACACUGAAGUCCCUGGGUAACUGGAUGAUUCACUUUGAGAGAAGGCUAAAGCAGUACAAUGGCUGGGUAAACGAAGGAGAGCCUCCAGUAAUGUGGUUGUCUGGUCUUCACAUCCCGGAGUCCUACUUGACUGCCUUAGUACAGGCCACAUGUCGUAAGAAUGGCUGGCCCCUAGACAAGUCCACACUGUACACCUCUGUCACUCAAUGGCAGAAUGCUGAGGAUGUCACUGAGAGAGCCCAUCAAGGAUGCUUUGUUGAUGGCCUGUACCUAGAGGGAGCUGCCUGGGACAGAGAAAACUGUUGCCUCAUCAGACAAUCCCCAAAACAGCUGAUCCAGGAACUUCCUGUUAUGAAAGUCAUUCCUAUAGAGGCCCACAGACUGAAGUUACAGAACACAUUCAGAACACCUGUAUAUGUAACAUCUGAGAGAAGAAAUGCCAUGGGUGUUGGCUUAGUGUUUGAGGCUGAUUUGGCAACAACAGAACAUCUAAGUCACUGGGUGCUUCAGGGAGUGUGUCUCAUCCUCAACACAGACUAAAAAGGAAAGAGUUUAUUUUAAACACUGGCCAAAGUGACAAGAAUGGUAAAAUAUAGUGACGUGGAAGUAUUUUGAGUGAAGAUUUAUAUAAUUUUAUAAGAAGAAACUGAAGAGAAUACAAAGUAAAUUUGUGCUGAAUUUGAUUGUCUUUAUGUAUAUAUAUUUAUACAUUUGAUUAACAGUAUUCUUUCUACAGUUGUUAUGUGAUGUAUGGAAUUUUAGAAACAUCUUGUCUAAAUAGUAGACUCUAAAUGAAAUUGAAAUUCAAUGAACAUCUCUUUAAUCAUGAAUCGCUUUUGCUUCAGAAAAAAAAAUCAAAUUCCGUCCUGUUUAUGUAAGCUUGCAUUUAUUUUUAUUUAUUUUAAUUUAUUUAAACAUUCAGAAGUUACCUUACCUGGUAUUAACUGUGAUAACCCUCAACAUGCUGCUAUGAUAAUGUCAUCCAAACGAGAUAUUUGAAUUUAUGAUACUGAAGGUUUUACAAUUGAUUGUUCUUAUUUAUUUGUUAUUGUUGAAAAAGUAAAUUAAAUGAUUU